AUGGCUUUCUUUGGCCACGUUCCGAUUGCUAUCUUUUUGCUUGGUGUAAUCUUUAGUUGCGCCCCAACCUUUGCCGAUUUACGUGCAGAUCUGCGGGAUUUUGUGGCUAUUGCGCCGCGUCGACGCAUCGGUUAUAUAGCCGCCAGAUACUAUAUCUUCGAUCCGAGAUUCCGCCAGGCCGUGGGAUUUUUGCGCAGCGAUGAAUUCCUAAAGACUUGGCAGGAGGUGCGUGCUGCUCCUGAUGUGGCAGCACUCAUCGAUUACCUCAACGAAUACGGAUCGGGCUAUGAGGUGACCAGCCUUGUGGACAAUCUCCCCCAGCGACUGCGCAACUUUCAGCUGUCGCGCACUGUGCCCGUGGAGAUGAUGCUGCACCGUGAUCUAACCACAUUCCUACGCGAAGCGGUUCAAACUCUGCCACGGGCCAAGGUCUAUGCUCUGAUGUCGCAAAAGGUGCGUCAGGGCGGAGAUUUCGCCAAAUUCUACAAGGCCCUCAGGGACAAGCAGUUCAAGACUCUGGUGGACAGAGCAAGGAAUUCCAGUGACCUGCUAGCUCCACUGAAAAGAUUGAAAGCAGAGAACAUCAAUGUCGAUGAGAUUAUUCAAAUAUUGUUUGAAAUAAUCAAUUGGGGUCCCCAGAAUCCAUAG